AUGGGCAGGAUUCCGUGUUGUGAGAAGGACAACGUGAAAAGGGGACAAUGGACACCUGAGGAAGAUAACAAACUCUCUUCUUAUAUCGCCCAACACGGCACCCGUAACUGGCGGCUCAUCCCCAAGAAUGCUGGUCUCCAAAGAUGCGGGAAGAGUUGCAGGUUGCGGUGGACUAAUUAUCUUCGUCCAGAUCUGAAGCACGGCCAGUUUUCUGAUGCUGAAGAGCAUACCAUUGUCAAGCUUCACUCUGUUGUUGGCAACAGAUGGUCAUUGAUUGCAGCUCAGCUUCCUGGGCGCACAGACAAUGAUGUUAAAAAUCACUGGAACACCAAGCUGAAAAAGAAGCUUUCUGGCAUGGGUAUAGAUCCAGUUACCCACAAACCCUUCUCCCACCUCAUGGCGGAGAUUGCCACCACACUGGCAACACCACAGGUGGCCCACCUUGCAGAAGCAGCCCUUGGCUGCUUCAAAGAUGAAAUGCUCCACCUACUCACUAAAAAGCGCAUCGACUACCAGCUACAACAAUGCAACACAUAUGUAGCACAAGGGAACAACUCAUCCCCUUAUUCUGCCACUAGACAUGAUGAAAAUGAUGAUACCGUUGAGAAAAUCAAGCAUGGUUUAUCAAGAGCAAUGCAAGAACCUGGAAUGUUGGCCCCAAACAAAACCUGGGAGUCUGCUGGUGCUACUUCUGCCAAUUUUGCAGGCGCCUGUGGCAAUUUUCCUUCAUCCGUUAAUGCAUUUUUAUGUGGUCCAUCUUCGUUUGGCAAUGAAGGAGUUUUAUCACCAUGGAAUCAGAGCAUGUGCACUGGAAGCACCUGCAGAGAAGGUGAUCAACAAGGCAGGUUGCAUGAAAAUUUUGACAAUGAAAAUGGAGAAGAAUCCGAGGGUGGAAAAGAGAUUAGAAAUGGCUCAUCCAUAUUCAAUACGGACUGCGUGCUAUGGGAUUUACCAUCUGAUGACUUAAUGAGCCCAAUUGUUUAA